AAAUAAGAUCAGCUCCAGAAAUAGGCGGCCAACAGGUUUUCCAGGCGUACCGACUAAAAUAAAGUACCCUGGAUCUGUUAACAAUAUUAUUGUCUUGGACGGAGCGAACGGGACGCAGUGUGAGUGGAAAUCAGUUAACGCUUUGGCUUUAUUGGGUUUUUUUUUUGUUAUAUUUUAAACUUUAAUAUCGAUUAUGGAUGAGUACGAUGUCCAACAGUUCUGUUUGCGCUGGCACAAUCACCAGAACAAUGUCAUCGGAGCACUGAAUCGGAUGCUUCAGACCGGAGCCCUAACAGACGUGACCCUCAGCGCCAGCGGGACCAAUGUUAAGGCGCAUAGAAUCGUCCUGGCAUCGUGUAGCCAAUAUUUCGCGCAACUCUUUAAGGAGCUGGAAGGUGAUAACACUCUCGUGGUGGUCCUAGGAUGCGAGGCAGCGGAACUGAAGCUCCUCCUGACGUUCAUGUACACGGGAGAAGUGACUGCAUCCCGGCUGGUGCUGCCUUCAUUGCUCCGUCUCGCGCAGACGCUCAAGGUUUCUGGACUAACAGACGCCGAUACGAACUCAACACUAACUCCAACAGAGCCAGAGCCCCACGAAAAUUCAUCGCCUAUCAACUUGGAAGCGAAAAACGAAACACCAACGACAGAGAACUCAUUCUCGUUUGACACGCCGAUUAAAGACGCGAAAGAGGGAGAGGAGAUCGCCGAGAGCUUUGGCAGUACGAUGGAAAGGGAUAGACUGAGCAAACUGGAUCAAAUCGUUCAGAAUUUGUACAGAAUCAGUAGUAACCCGAGCGCAGCCCUUUUGACUAAUAAUGUUCCAGAAACAACAGAUUACGAAAAAAAAUGGCGUCUCACGAGUUCCGUGUGCGGUAUAUGUAACAAGAAACUGAGUAACCAAUACAACUUGAGGGUGCACAUGGAAACGCACGCAGGCCGACGUCACGCUUGCCGCGCGUGCUCCCACGUGUCGCGGUCUAGGGACGCAUUGCGGAAACACGUCGCUUAUAGGCACGCGCCACAGAAUAAACCUGAUAUGUAACUAGAAUUAUUGGCGCGAAGCCUGCGCAUUUUAGUAAACGCAAAACUAGUUUUGAAUGACGGCAUUAAAUAUUAUAAGUAUAUACAUUAAUCAACGUCCUACCUUACUCUUAAACCUUAGAAGAUAAAUGUCCAAAAUGGAAGUCAUAUUUUCGCAACACUAUUAAAUUUUAGUGUGAUUUAAGAAUGUUCUACAUUAUAAUAUCGAGGGAUGAAAGGCUAAAUAAGGCAACAUUUCGCUUAAUACACGACAUUUCUUUUUGUAAUUAAAGAUGCAUUUUAUUUGGUAUUAGUAUCAACAGUUCGAUGUUUUUUGAAUUGAACUAUAAUGAAGUUUAACUCAUUCAAAUAGCUUAAGUUUUUUUGUUAUGAUAUUUUUUCUAAAAUUUUAUCUUUAAAUUGUUCUCCUGGCCUUUCACCCCUCGAGUUAUAUUUCGUUGCCAGACAACUAUGGUUGUAAGUAUUCUUUUAUACAGCAUAUAAAUUGAAGAAAUUAUUUUUUAUCUGUGCAAAAAAAAACGCUGUUCCCUCCAAAUGCACUGUAUUACUUCAAAAGUUUGUAAAAAAAACGAUUUAUUAAAUAAUAUUUAAUUUUGUUGAUAUACUUGUUACAAAUUAUGAAAAGAAAAAUAACGCGUAUGUACUUUAAAAGACAUUAGUAUUUUACGUUUUUGUCUAUUAAACAUAAAUUAAUAUUUUAGCCCACCGAUAUUGUUUUUUGUUCACUUACGAGAAGACAUUUUUUGAAAAAAAAAACGUGUGCAAAAACUCUAAAUUUUGCAAUGUAUAUUUAUUUUAUAUAUAUUGGUAUUUAUUUAAGUAAUAUUGAUAUUAUGAGCAUCGAAAUUCAAAUGUAAUCCACGGUGGAAACCUUAAUACGUUGUUAAACUCGGUCAAUAAACACUCGUGUACAAUACGUCCAUAGACUAUCUUUUGAAACUUACUUACGCUUUGAAUGAACAAUCUCCUCUUGUUGAUGUGAGUUUGUUAAAAAUAAACUCAUUGACAGGAUCGAGAAAAUUUUAAAGUUACACAUACGUAACACGAAGAAUAUUUGUUCACUUAUUUAAACUUCUAUCCAGCGGCUUGUCGUUCCGAGCAGCGCGGGCGCAACUUAACCUAUAAUAACACGCAGGGUAUUACAUAAAAAAACGUUUUUAAAGUAGAUUUUUCAUCUGAAUCGUUUUCAAAGAUAUUUUAUUAAGCAUUUAGUGAAGCUAGAUUCCUUCUAAAAAACAAUUAUAAUGAAAUGAAAUUAAUGAAAUUGACAUUUGCAAGUGUCACUGUCAAACAAACGCGCAUCAUUCUAGUCAUUUAUUCAUUUUUACAUAUGAAUUUAUUGUAAAAAAAUUAUCAUGCAUCAUGUUAGUUAAUUUUGUGUUUCAUAUUUAUUAAGUUAAAGACAAGCAAAAAAGACAAUAUAUCUGUUGAUUUUAAUAAAACGAUUACUUGAAA